AUGCAAACGUGGUGGGGUUGCGGGUUACUGUAUGCUUUUAAAAGGUUCUCUGCUAUAUUCCUCUUUUUUUACUCAGAUAACAAACCAAGGCCAGCAGAAUUCUUCAUCUUCAGCUAUUUCGACAGGGACCAGAACCCAGUGUGAAGCAGGAAAAGAAAACAGUUAGACACCCAAAAGGAGACAAAAAGACGGAAUGAAAGCCAACCAAUGACAGGGAAGAGUAUAUCUCCAAUUCCACAUAAAGCUGAUUAUUAACAAACUCCUGAUAGUUGGGAAAAACGUCAAGGAAAAGGAAGGAGAACGUGUAUCACAACACUGAAAUGAGCUUCAGAUAUCCAUAGACAUGGCUAUGUUGACCCAAAGGAAAAACUAAAUCAGUGAAUGGAACAUGGAAAGACUAUGAAUAUGAACAAUAAUUUUCCAGGUGAAAACCGCCCCAAGGGGGUGAAGCAGUAUAAAUGCCUCCAGUGUGGAAAGACCUUCAGCAAAAGCACUCACCUUACUACACAUAGAAGAAUUCACACAGGGGAGAAACCAUAUGAAUGCAUAGAAUGUGGAAAGUGUUUCAAUCAGAGUGAUAACCUUAAGUCACAUCAAAGAACGCAUACAGGGGAGAAACCAUAUAAAUGCAUAGAAUGUGGAAAGAGCUUCAGUCAUAGAGGUGUCCUUAGGUCACAUCAAAGAACCCAUACAGGGGAGAAACCAUAUAAAUGCAUAGAAUGUGGAAAGAGCUUCAGUCAGAGUGAUCACCUUAGGUUACAUCAGAGAACCCAUACAGGGGAGAAACCAUAUAAAUGCAUAGAAUGUGGAAAGAGCUUCAGUCAGAGUGAUCACCUUAGGUUACAUCAGAGAACCCAUACAGGGGAGAAACCAUAUAAAUGCAUAGAAUGUGGAAAGAGCUUCAGUCAGAGUGAUCACCUUAGGUUACAUCAGAGAACCCAUACAGGGGAGAAACCAUAUAAAUGCAUAGAAUGUGGAAAGAGCUUCAGUCAGAGUGAUCACCUUAGGUUACAUCAGAGAACCCAUACAGGGGAGAAACCAUAUAAAUGCAUAGAAUGUGGAAAGAGCUUCAGUCAGAGUGAUCACCUUAGGUUACAUCAGAGAACCCAUACAGGGGAGAAACCAUAUAAAUGCAUAGAAUGUGGAAAGAGCUUCAGUCAGAGUGAUAAUCUUAGGGUACAUCAAAGAACCCAUACUGGGGAGAAACCAUAUAAAUGCAUAGAAUGUGGGAAAAGCUUCAGUCAGAAUGAUAAUCUUAGGUCACAUCAAAGAACCCAUAUAGGGGAGAAACCAUAUAAAUGCAUGGAAUGUGGAAAGAGCUUCAGUCGGAGUGGUGACCUUAGGUCACAUCAAAGAACCCAUACAGGGGAGAAACCAUAUAAAUGUAUGGAAUGUGGAAAGAGCUUCAGACCUCGCAGUAGUCUGAGUUCACAUCAAAGAACCCAUACAGGGGAGAAACCAUACAAAUGCAUGGAAUGUGGAAAGAGCUUCAGUCAUUGUGGUCACUUUAGUUUGCAUCAAAGAACUCACACCGGGGAGAGACCAUAUAAAUGCAUAGAAUGUAAAAAGAGCUUCAGUCAUAGUGGUGACCUUAGGAUGCAUCAAAGAACCCAUACAGGGGAGAAACCAUAUAAAUGCAUGGAAUGUGGAAAGAGCUUCAGUACUAGUGAUAAACUUAGGUUACAUCAAAGAACCCAUACAGGGGAGAAACCAUAUAAAUGCAUGGAAUGUGGAAAGAGCUUCAGUACUAGUGAUAAACUUAGGUUACAUCAAAGAACCCAUACAGGGGAGAAACCAUAUAAAUGCAUGGAAUGUGGAAAGAGCUUCAGUACUAGUGAUAAACUUAGGUUACAUCAAAGAACCCAUACAGGGGAGAAACCAUAUAAAUGCAUGGAAUGUGGAAAGAGCUUCAGUACUAGUGAUAAACUUAGGUUACAUCAAAGAACCCAUACAGGGGAGAAACCAUAUAAAUGCAUGGAAUGUGGAAAGAGCUUCAGUACUAGUGAUAAACUUAGGUUACAUCAAAGAACCCAUACAGGGGAGAAACCAUAUAAAUGCAUUGAAUGUGGAAAGAGUUUUAAUCACAGUGGUGACCUUAGGAAACAUGAAAGGACUCACACUGGGAAGAAACCACAUAAAUGCAUUGAAUGUGGAAAGAGUUUUAAUCACAGUGGUGACCUUAGGAAACAUGAAAGGACUCACACUGGGAAGAAACCACAUAAAUGCAUUGAAUGUGGAAAGAGUUUUAAUCACAGUGGUGACCUUAGGAAACAUGAAAGGACUCACACUGGGAAGAAACCACAUAAAUGCAUUGAAUGUGGAAAGAGUUUUAAUCACAGUGGUGACCUUAGGAAACAUGAAAGGACUCACACUGGGAAGAAACCACAUAAAUGCAUUGAAUGUGGAAAGAGUUUUAAUCACAGUGGUGACCUUAGGAAACAUGAAAGGACUCACACUGGGAAGAAACCACAUAAAUGCAUUGAAUGUGGAAAGAGUUUUAAUCACAGUGGUGACCUUAGGAAACAUGAAAGGACUCACACUGGGAAGAAACCACAUAAAUGCAUUGAAUGUGGAAAGAGUUUUAAUCACAGUGGUGACCUUAGGAAACAUGAAAGGACUCACACUGGGAAGAAACCACAUAAAUGCAUUGAAUGUGGAAAGAGUUUUAAUCACAGUGGUGACCUUAGGAAACAUGAAAGGACUCACACUGGGAAGAAACCACAUAAAUGCAUUGAAUGUGGAAAGAGUUUUAAUCACAGUGGUGACCUUAGGAAACAUGAAAGGACUCACACUGGGAAGAAACCACAUAAAUGCAUUGAAUGUGGAAAGAGUUUUAAUCACAGUGGUGACCUUAGGAAACAUGAAAGGACUCACACUGGGAAGAAACCACAUAAAUGCAUUGAAUGUGGAAAGAGUUUUAAUCACAGUGGUGACCUUAGGAAACAUGAAAGGACUCACACUGGGAAGAAACCACAUAAAUGCAUUGAAUGUGGAAAGAGUUUUAAUCACAGUGGUGACCUUAGGAAACAUGAAAGGACUCACACUGGGAAGAAACCACAUAAAUGCACGGAGUGUGGAAAGAGCUUCAGUCACAGAGGUACCCUUAGGAUACAUCAAAGGAAUCAUACUGGGGAGAAACCAUAUAAAUGCAUCGAAUGUUCAAAGAGCUUUAGUCAGAAUGAUGCUCUUAGAUUACAUCAAAAGACCCAUACUGGGGAGACUGGCUCAGAGACUGGCUUGAUGCUGCAAUGAGACAGCAGGAGGAGGAUGGAGCUCUAUCUCCUGGGCUGAAUUCUGACC